CAACUCUCCAGUAGAUGAAUCCAUCUCUCCAAAGAAGUGCAAGAAUAUUCCCCAUCUUGAUUUGAGAAGCUCCUUGCCCUCUUCUGAAUGGACAUUGGUCAGAUGUACCCCAGAAGAAGAGAAAGCUCGUCACAAACCUAUGGCAGUCCAAGUCCUAGUAACCAGUGAUGGAAGCAGUUCAGAACUAGAAUGUGAUCUUUCUGGCAAUUCAGCCAUUUCUGCAUCCUCAGAAGAGAUGUUGUCAUUGCCUGAGCCCAUCUGGAAUUGCCUCCCAUCUUCAAAAAGAUCUCCGCUGUUUGCCACAAAUUUGGAGAAGGGAAAGGAUUGCCUUGAAAAAUCCAAAGCUGCUAAUGCAUUACAACGAGCGCACACUCUUCGUGACUCUUCUUCAUCAAAAAAAUACCAGAACUGGAAAAAGAAAAUUCAGUCCAAUUUUCCUCUUUUGUACAACAAGAAAAGUGGAUCAUCUUCAAAGGAUGCUUCUGCCAGUCUUCAACAAGAGUUUGAGGAGAGUUGCUUUAAGACAGAGCUGACAUAUCCCAACAGCAUUCCAGAAACGAAAGCACAUUUCCAACCUCACAGUGCAGAAUUUCACUCCAAAGAAAAAGCCACCAAUGAACCUGAACAAAUUCCUUUCUAUAUUCCUCAUCACUGCUGCGUAGAUAGCUAUCCAGGGGCACAUAGUCAAUCCCUUUCUCAUGCUGAUUGGGCUACCAUUCCCAGUUGUCUUAAACCUGGAGUCAACCACUGUGGUACCAAUGAGCAAUAUUUAGGAAAUGAGGCAGUAAACAGUCAGCAACUGACUUCAAGAUUGUUUACAAAAAACUCAGAUACAUCCUCCAUAAACCUUGAUGAAGGAGAUAAAAUUGCUUCGGAGCCCACCAAGGAACAGCAAGACAGAUCCUUAAACAAAAUUAAAAGUAAAAUAAUGAGGAAGUUAACUCUUUCAAUGGAGCGGCAGGCCAGAGCCCGUGCUCUGAGGAAUUCACAACCAGAAGAGGCAAGAAUUGCUCACCAAGACCAAGGAAUUCCGGGGCCAAAGAAUCCGUAUUUUACUAGAGAUGAACACAUUCCAAAGCAACCUAGUUAUGUUAGGUCUCCUGAAUUCUCAGAUAAUCUUUUGCCAGUUUGGGAUCCUGAACAGAAAUGUCCAAAAUAUGGUGAUACAUGUCCAAAAAGAUGCAUUGCUUCUCAGCCUAAACUGUCACUGAAGUUAAUGGCUAAUGUCAUUAGAAAAUCCAUACGAGAAGGUUGGGAAAAAAGCCAGGAUGUGCAUACCAAACGUCCUCUGGAAAACACCUUUAAUUUCUCUCAUAACCUGGCUCAGCUUGAUAAUUGGAAAAAUACUAAGUAUCAGGAAGACUCCAGUGCACAAAUGCAAGAGUUAAUUAUGUUGAAUAAUACAGAACAGGGCCUUGAACCUAGGAGUUCAGUUAUCUCUAAUUUGUCCAGUUCGGUUGAAGAUUUUCGGUUUGAUGAUAAAAGCUAUUUUCCAAAAUAUGAUGUGCAUCUGAGAUCAUCCAACAAUAUUCACUGUGGACAUUCUUACUCUAAUAAAGUUGAUGUUCCCACGCUUUUAGAAAGAUUUACCCUCAAAGAAAAUGCUCGGAAGUCAUAUAUUGAUUAUGAUCAAAAGAACAUGCUGCAUCCAUCUUUAAGGCACAAAACUAAAAGUGAUAAUUCUAUACUAGAUGAUCCAGUUGAGAGGAACAAAGUGUGGAAUCUAUUCAGUAAUUUGAGGAAUAAAGAAGAUGACAGCAUUAAAAGCCCUUUGUUAAUGCCAGCUAUGUCUCCCACUACCAUCUUUGAUGUUGAUAAAGUACUAAGUAAUUCUUCCAAAGGAGAAUAUUUAGGAUCUGAAGGUCUAACUGCCAGGAAACAAGCAACAAUUGGCUAUUGCUCAUCCUCUUCUGAUGUUGACAUGCAGUAUAAUCCUUUAGAAAAUACAAUCAUGCCUCUUGUUAAAAGUACUCUUAGAAGAAACAAAAAGUUGGCAAAAGAAACAAAGCAACUGGUUAAACAAGAGGAACUAAAAAGACUUCACAAAGCACAGGCUAUCCAACGGUUAUUGGAAGAAGUGGAAGAGCAACAGAGAGCUCUUGAGGUGUAUGGCGUUCAGCUGGAGAGGGAACUACGUGGGGAAGAAGAUUCAAGCACACAAGAUGAAUCUGAAUUGUUACAUGAAUGGUUUGAACUAGUACUGGAGAAGAACAGAUUAAUGCGCUAUGAAGCUGAACUCUUGAUCAUGUAA